AUGGGGGAGACGGGCCUUUUUGCAAUUUCUCAAGCAAUGGUUAUGAUGAAAGGGCUGAUGGGACGAUACCUCAGCCACGAGACGACCUUGGAACGUGUACAGGCGAAAUCAAAGCAGACGGAGGAUGAGCUGAACCAACUGCGAAGUUGGAAACCCAAGAUGGAGAAAAAGCUUGAACUUUCAAAAAAAGCGAGAAAAAGUCCUGAGCAGAGUACGGAGGAGGCGAAGAAGGCCCUUGAAGGCAAGAACAAGGAGAUACAAGACCUGAACGAUGAGAUUAAGAAGGCCUACCCAGACUUGGACGUUUCAAACAUCAAGGUUGAGGACCAAGCUCAAACCUCCGUCAUACCCGUCGCCUCAGAGGACACUGAUGACCUCUUUGCUGAUGACGAAGUUCUUGGCGAUGAGGAGUCAGUACAAGCCCAAAAUGCACAAGUACAACCCGUUGUGGAGGUGGCCCAUCAGUCUGUUGCCAAUGAAGCCCCUUAUCUGGAAAACGUUGUAGGGCAGACGAUUGACACUCAAGUCCAACAGUUGCCAUAG